AUGGACCACGACGCCGCAGCCCAAGAAGAUCGCGGCCCUGCUUUUCUAGUCAUCACCUGCACACUCACGUCGAUCGCGACUAUUUUCGUCGGCGCCAGGCUUUACACGCGAGCCGUUAUCAAGAGGACCGUGUUCCACGAGGACUAUGUCAUAAUCAUAGCCACGCUACUUCUGUGGGCAGUAACGUGCACCUUCUCGAUCGCUGUGCGGCACGGAGAAGGGCGGCACAUCUGGACCCUCACCGCCCAGGAACGCGAGGCCGCCAUCAUGUGGUUCCACCUGGCGCCGGUCCCGGGGGUCAUCGCGCUCGGCGUGCCCAAGAUCGCCCUGGCCAUGAUGCUUAACAGGGUCCUGUUUGCCGGCUUCUGGGCGUCGGCGGCCUCGUGGUUCCUUUCCGUCGUGAGCACGGUGAAUUUCAUCGUCGCCGAGUGCCUGGUCGUGUUUCAGUGCUCGCCCAUUAGAGCGGCCUGGACCCCGGACGUUGCCGACGCAAAGUGUUUUUCGGAGCGUGCGAUUGUUCUAUUCUGUGUAUACGCAAGCGUGUUUUCUGCGAUUACCGACAUCUACCUUGCAUUGUGGCCGGCACUUAUUAUCUUCAAGCUUGAUAUGAAUAAAGCAAAGUCGAUUGCACUAAGCAGUGUACUUGGCCUUGGGGUUUUUGCAUCCGCCGUCGCUGUGUACAAGGCGACUUUUAUGCCAGCGUUAGAGAGCAAUGACGUUACCUACGAUAGUAUAGACCUUAUGUUGUGGACACUUGCCGAGGCGGUGGUGAUUCUCAUCGCAUCCUCCGUUCCGAUGCUGACGCCGAUAUACACCAAAGUGGCACGACGGAUGAGAGGAGGUAGGUCUCGAGACCGAGGCCGUGAGGGCGACUCCGCUGCCGAGUACUUACAGCGCCUGGCGCAAGGACGACUACUCCAGCUCAGGAAUAUGGACCCGGAAGCUGCCAUAGGUCACAGCUUCAAAGCUUCCCGGCCCUCGAAACGCACGAUUGCCUUGCUGAUGGCCGCCAUCAUUGGAUACCAUGCACUGCACCGAUACCAGCCAACGACUGAAGGCCUGCCAAGGUCCAAUACAAGACAGCAGGCGAACCAGCCUGGGCCUCUCGAGAUGCAACAGCUCAAUUUGACGGAGCAGGAAUGCAGGACUCACUUCCCUGGACUGGCGCAAUCCAUCGACGACAUUGUGGCACAGGGUCCCUUUGAGGUCCGGGACACGGGCGAUGCCGGGCCGCUCCAGGGGAGGAUCAAGGAUGGAAAGCUGUACAUCAUCAACGCGCAGAGGAGGUCGGAUUUGUCUGCAGAAAUGCUCAACUCCAGAACCGGCUCCCUCCACCAACUCCACCGCGCCAUCGUCACAUCCCCCGAGCCGAUCCCAGACACGGUAUUCUCCCUCAACUUCCAAGACUCGCCCCUGAGCAGCGGCUCCAGCAUGGGCUACAGCCGACCGGCAGACCCGCGGCUGCGCGGCGAUGACCAUAACCAGAACCGCCGCACGUUCCUGAUGCCGCACUUUUCCUUCUGGGCCUGGCCGAUCCGCCACGUGCCGGGCGGGACGUUUGACGAGGCGGCGGCGGCCAUCGACGAGGUCGAGGCGGGUUAUCACGAGGGUGAUGGUGGUGGUGGUGGUGGUGGCAACUGGACAAACAAGACGGCCCGUGCCGUGUGGCGCGGGACGGUGCGGUUCGAGAGCGCACUGCAGCCCGGCCUGCGCAGGAACCUGGUGCAGGUUGCGGCCCGGGCCGCCGCCGCCGGCGAGUCAUGGGCCGACGUGCUCCCGCUCAACGAGUCUACCGCCAUCGCCAUCCAGGAUUUUUGCCGGUACCGGUACGUGCUGCACACCGAAGGGGUAGCCUACAGCGGGCGGUUUCAUUUCCUCCAGAUGUGCCGCAGCGUGGUGCUGUCUCCGCCCUUAUUGUGGAUGCAGCACACGUCGCACCUGCUGAGGCCCGUCUUCUCCGCGUCGCUGCUAGGGAGGCCACGGCCGGCGGGCGCGUCCGGGGCGCGGGCUUCCAGGUCAUGGCCUGUUUCGUUCUCGGCUGACGAGGCCAACAUUGUGUUUGUGGCACAUGACUGGUCGGACCUCCCAGAAACGGUGGCAUGGCUCGAGGCGCAUCCACGUGUAGCGGAGAGGAUCGCCAGCAGACAGCGGGAGUUUCUCGUAGGGGGUGGGUACUUUAGCCCGGCUGCCGAAGUGUGCUAUUGGAGAUCCCUCAUCAGAGGCUGGAGCAAGGUAGCACAUGUUGACCCCGACGUCUGGGGAACAAGACUAGGUAUCCGUUUUGAGGUGUUUAGUCUCAAAGGAGAACUGUGA